AUGAAGCCAACUUAUCUACAACAAACUGAUGAAAAUUUGAAAGAAAAAUUUGAUUUUAAAAGACAAAGGUUUCCUUAUUCUGUUGUAUGGACUCCUUUACCUCUGAUAACUGCUCUGAUCCCGUUUAUAGGCCACACUGGGAUUUGCUCAAGCGAAGGUGUUAUACAUGAUUUUUCAGGUCCUUAUACAGUUUCGGUCGACGAUAUGGCUUUUGGAAACCCAACUAAAUAUGUUCCUUUAGAAUGUGAAAGCAAAAAAUCAUGGGAUGAGGCUGUAGACAAGGGUGACGGCGAAUAUAGCCAAAGAAUGCAUAACCUGUGCUGUGAUAAUUGUCACAGCCAUGUCGCUUAUGUUUUAAACCAAAUAAACUUUGAAGGAGGCGGCUGGAAUAUGAUCAGCAUUUGGUGGCUCUGUAUAAGAAAAAGUCAUUAUGUUGGCAUCAGUGGAUUUAUUAAAACUUAUGCAGGCUUCGCUGUGGUUAUCAUUCUAAUUAUGGUUUUAAGAAUGGUUUUAAGCUAA